AUGGCUUCCUCGGUCUUUUUCAAGUUCAAGUCUCAGAAAGAGCCGACGCGCGUGGCGUUUGAUGGCACGGGCAUUUCUGUCUUUGAGUUGAAACGUGAAAUCAUCCUGCGGAGCGGACUCGGCGAUGGAACAGACUUUGACCUCGUUAUCUGCGCAGACGAGGGCAUGAAAGAAGUCUACGAUGAUGACACAACCAUCAUCCCGCGGUCGACGACCGUCAUCGCACGCCGUAUGCCUCCCAAGAUCCAGGGGAGAGGCGGUGCUGCUCGAUAUGUCUCGGGCAAGAUGCCCGCUCACGCCAAGAACUCGUCAAGAAAGGAGCACAUGGCCAAACCAGUCGCCAAGCCGCAAUCCACCACCAUGGCUCAGCUGAGCAGCGCCAUGACAGAAGAAGAAAAGAUGGCGGCAGUCUUCCAGGCCCAGACAGAGCUCUUUAGUUCUCGAGAAGAAGAGAUGGCCACACAGCAAUAUGUGGGCAAGGGAGGCCCGAAGCGGCCUGCCAACGUUCCCGACCAUGACCCCCCUCAGGGCUACAUCUGCUAUAGGUGCGGCGAGAAGGGGCAUUGGAUCCAGCUAUGCCCUACCAACGACAAUCCGGAAUACGACAAUCGCCCGCGUGUCAAGCGGACCACGGGGAUUCCCAAGUCCUUCCUCAAGACGGUCGAUAAGGCGACGGCAUUGGGACAGAACGCUGACGGCGACGACUCUAAGACGCCUUCUGGCAUCAUGGUCAACGCCGACGGAGAGUUCGUGAUUGCUGAGCCUGACAAGGCGGCUUGGGAACAGUUCCAGGCAAAGGCCAAGUCGAAUGCCGCCGCUCAGAAGGCCGCUUCCGAUGGAGACAAAGAAGUCCAGGAGCGAGGCUUGGAAUGCCCUAUCGACAAGAAGAUGUUCAUAGACCCAAUGAAGACUCCGUGUUGUGAGAAGACGUAUUGCAACGAUUGCAUCACUAAUGCCCUCAUUGAGAGCGACUUCGUCUGCCCGGGCUGCAAGACUGAAGGCGUACUCAUCGAUGACCUAAAGGCCGACGACGAAGCCGUCGAGAAGAUGAAGGCGUACCUUGCCGAGAAGGACAGUAAGACCAAGACAGGAUCAAAAAGCCCGUCGCCGCCAAAGUCGCCAACGGCAGCCAAUGGAGACGCCACCGACACCAAGACGGAGGCCGCGAAAGCCAAGUCCAAGUCUCCAACUCCCCUAACCGUGGCCGUCGCGAUAGCACAACCGGCCCAAACUACCCAGGCAUUAGCGUCUGCCACAUCACAACGCAGCACAGCGGGUACUCCUACCAAUGGCGAACAGCAGAUGCAGCUCGCUAAGAAACGGCCUGCCGAAGACACUGCGGAGAAUCCCAAGAUACCCAAGGCCCCUAAGGCGAUGCAAAAGGCACAUGAAACCCAGCAGCAGCAAGCCAUGAUGGAGCAAAUGAUGAGUGGUAUGAACGGCAUGAACGGAAUGAACGGCAUGGCAGGCAUGGGAGGCAUACCUGGUAUGAACGGAAUGAAUGGCGUCGGCGGCAUGAACCCAAUGGGUGGAAUGCCCAUGAUGUUUCCCGGUAUGCCCAUGAUGGGCAAUUACGGCGGCAUGGGCAUGCCCAACAUGAACAUGCCCAAUAUGAACAUGGGCAUGGUGAACCCCAUGAUGAACCCCAUGAUGGCCGGCGGCAUGUCUGGCUUCCCAGCCAUGAACAACAUGAACGGCGGAUACGGCGGCAUGCCCAACGGCAACGGCAUGUGGGGAGGCUCGGACAUGGGCAUGGCGAUGAACCAGGGCGCUGCCGGCAACGGGGUCGGUCCGAACGGAAUGAACGGCAUGAACGGCAUGAACGGCAUAGGCCGGAUGAACAAUGGUGGCCAGGCCGGCUUCCAGCAGCAGCCACAUAUCGGCCAACAGAAUCAUCAACAACAACCACAACAACACCACAACCAGCAGAUGCAGUUGCAGCAGCAGCAGCAGCAACAGCAGCACCAACAACAAAUCAUGCACAAGAACUUCUCCCACCAGCCCGCAGACGACGACGAUGCCUACUUUCGCAAGCCAGUGAACCCCCACCGCCACCAGAACCGACAACGCCGUGUGCGCCCCAGCGACUACCGCGAGUUAUAG